AUACCAGAUUUUGGUAUUGUUGAUAUCACGUGAUUUGAAUCUUUCCGGUAAAACAGAUACAGGAUCUGUCUUGCUGAGUUGCUACUGCCAAUCUGAAUUUGUUGCAGCUACUGAGAAGUGUCAUGGUUGCAGUUCAAAAAAUGUAAUACGGAAAAAAGUAGUAUAAGAUAUGGGUAAUUCUUCCUCCUCUGAAUUGCCAUUGGCAGGGAUCAUCUGCCUGGGAGUGUUUGGAUACACGGCCUUUAUCUUCAUCAUUGUGCUCAUUAGAUACAUUUGUUUGAGACAAGGGAAGUGCCAGGAUGUGGAAUGUGGGGUAUGUGGGAAGGAGGGAGCUCUUCAGUGCUCCACGUGUUGCAUCAGUUGCUCCGAAUCAUGUGGAUGUAGUGCUCCGUCCAUCGCCGGCUGUCUGAAUAACUGUUGUCCUAAUAAAAAGCUUUCAUGUGUGGAUAUAUUGCUUUGUCAGUGCUGUACAGAUAACAAUUGCUUUACUAAAAGUUCUGCAGGUUCAUGUGAUUCAUGUUUUAACAAUUGCUUGUGUCCACAAUGUGAGGCCGUCAACUGUUGUUGUAUUGAAAUUAAGGUUCGCCAGCCCAGUAUGGGUUCUUUCACUCUGCAACGUACCACCACAUCAUCACCAAACUACCCCCCUAGAGACACAUUCUCUCCCCCAGCCCAUGUCAUAGGUCAAGAAAAUCUUCUCCCAUCAUCCCCUACAUCUCGUGUUGUGACAGCUCAGAUGCAUGUGAACAGGGCUUUUGAUAAUACUUUGGCUGCAUGUGAAGGACAGAUGGAAGUUAAGGGAACAGGAAAUUCAAAGUUGAAACAGAAUAAAUUGAUGAAAGAGAGGAAUGACACGGCAGAGGAUUUUAGACAUGUUCAGGUGAAGCGAAGGAAAGCCCAAGAGAAAACAGAUCUUUCUGCAGCAAACGACAAACGUGCACCUCUGAAAGAAAAUUCAGGGAAAGAAAUUAGAUCUAAUAAGAGACCAAGAAGGAAUAAGACCAGCUCAGGUCCAGAAUUAAAUAGAUCAGAGCUUGUACCAGGAGAAAAAGUAACUAAAGCUCAACCAAAGCAUAGAUCAGAGCUUGUACCAGGAGAAAAAUUAACUAAAGCUCAACCAAAGCAUAGAUCAGAGCUUGUACCAGGAGAAAAAGUAACUAAAGCUCAACCAAAGCAUAGAUCAGAGCUUGUACCAGGAGAAAAAGUAACUAAAGCUCAACCAAAGCAUAGAUCAGAACUUGUACCAGGAGAAAAAGUAACUAAAGCUCAACCAAAGCAGUCAUCUCUAGUUAAAUCACACACCUCUCAGUGUAAUCAUAGCUACAAGAAAGUAACAUGGCGAAAUCAACCAAGUAAACCAACAGAUCCCAAAUCAGCACAAGCACGCGAGUUUUAGAAGACAAACUAUACUUCGAAGGUGUUGAUGUUGGAAAUUGGAAACAAGCAGCUUCGAAUCUGAAUCAUACACCAGAGGUCAUCACCAUGACGUUAGACGCUAGAUUCAAAAACAGAGGCAUGGAUACUGAGAUAUGUUACCAUGGAGAUCAUGGUCAAGUUGUUCAAGACAGUACGUUAGUACUUGGUUAAAGACACCAUGACUGAUUAUCGUAUAUGUAAUAUUAUUGAUGAUGAUGAUGAUGCAAGAUUUGGCAGCACUAAAAUAUCUGUAGAUUUUUUAAAAAAGGAAAGCAUUUUUUUUUUUAGAUAUAUGAGCACAAGUCCUGUUUGGUUGUGCCAAUACUGUAAUACAUAAUUUUAUGUCUCUCUCCAGAAUAUUGAUUUUCAUCAUGUUUUAUUUUGUAGGAAAACAAAUUAUGAAUAAUUUUCCAAGUGAAUGGGAAAAAAUUAUCUUAUAUAAUUCCAUUUGUGAAAUUUCAUCAAAGCGAAGAAGAGGCCCAUGGGCCACAGCGCUCACCUGAAUCACCUUGACUUUUCUAUUCUUCAGAGGAAGGUCUUUUCCUUCUUUAAUCCCAUGAUAAAUUUUGACCUCAACCCAGCCAUAUGGAGUUGAGACUUAGCUAAACUUGAAUCCAAACAACAUGGGGAUGUCUCAAAAUCAAUAUGAAUAACAUGGCCUCGCUGUUCUGGAGAUCAAAUUAAGAUUUUUUAAAAAGUGUGAAGAAUUGAGAUUUCCCCCCCCCCUGUAUUUCAUAUAUCCCCCCCCCCCCCCUCAGAAUUAUAAUGUAUCAUAAUUAAUUAAUGCUACAUCAUAAUUUUUUUCAUGUAACAUUUGAUUCCAGAUUUUAGCCCCAUCCUAACUACAGGGUCAAUGAUAGAAAACUGACUUUAGAACAUUUGUAUAUUGAUAUGAUUUAGUUAAGUGUGGCCCUGCUGCUAGUGAAAUGGGAUGUGUAAAGUUUACAGACAAACAGAAGGACAGACAGAUGGACAGAGAAUAAAUAGGUGAUCAGAAAAGGGUCAAUUGAGCUUAUAGCUUAAAAGAAUAUUGAGAGAUGUGACAAAAGUCUUCUUGGAAAUGUCAGGGUUUUUCAAUAUAUUCCUUCCCUUUGUAAAUUUUCUACGCAUAAAAAUUCGUUGUCUUUUUUACAAGGUUGUAAUGAUAUUCGCUUUGGUUGUAAUGAGAGAUCAAAGGCCAAAAUCAUCUAUUUAGUUAUUACAAGUUUGUUUUAACUUUUUGUAAUUGAGAGAUCAAAGGCCAAAAUUAUCUAUUUAGUUUGUUUUAAUUUUUUGUAAUACAAAUUGUUGUGACAUUUGCUCAUUUCUUUUAAAAAUUGUUAUUUAUAUUUUCCAGUUUUAGAUAUUGAUAUUUGUUUGUAUGGUUCCGUUUGUUGACCAAAUACAAUGGUUAUAUUAUUACUUCAAAUCCGUCCAAUUCUGGAUUCUUUGUAUAUACAGUACAGCCAUAUUUUGACUCUGGAGAUCUUGUAAGUACCAAGGUACUUUCUUGUGUCAAAAAGUUUGGAUUAUUCAAAAUCCUUUUUCUAUAAACAUCAUUGUUUAAUCAUAGGUUAAAGUACAGGUGCAUGAAUCUGUAACUUGUAUUGUAAAAUUGUACUGUAGUUUAAAACAACGAAAUUCUACAAUUUCUGUUAUAUCUUCAAUCGAUCUGAUAUCAAAGGUUUCUGAAUUUUUAUAUGUACAUGUAUGUCACAUGAUUUCAUGGAUUCAGUAUUAAGAAAAUAAAGAUUCAUAAAAAUUGA